GUGACUACGCAGUAAAAACGAAUUUGUAAGGCAGCUGUAAGAGUUAGGCUUACGCUUUGAAACUGGAAGAUUUAGGCUUGUAAUUUGGCACAUAAAUAUUGUUACUGUAGAGUGCUGAUACUGAAAAAAGUAAAUUUCUCAAGUCUGUUGAAGUCUUUAACAUGUACAAUGGAAUAGGACUUCAGACACCACGGGGUAGUGGUACAAAUGGCUAUGUUCAAAGGAAUUUGUCAUUAGUUAGACGAGUGAAAGACAAAGUAAACUACAAAACAGAAGAAGACAUCAAGAAACUUGAUGCUUUAGCUAACAAACAACCAAAUGAAGAUAUACUAGCCCAUGAAAGGAAACGAAAAGUUGAACUGAAAUGUAUGGAAAUGCAAGAACUGAUGGAAGAACAAGGCUAUUGUCAAGAAGAAAUUGAUAAAAAAGUGGCAGCGUUUCGGUUGAUGUUAUCAGAAAAGAUAGAUACAGGGGAACAGGAGGUUGCUAGAGAUGAUUCUGGCCGGAUAAUGUAAGCUAUUUUCUACUG